AUGAAGAACAUCAUCGCUGCCAGCGCCUUCCUGGCUGCAUCAAUCUCUGGAGCUGCCGCCGACCUUUGCAGCAAGGGUUCCGUCGACGACAAUGGCAACUGGUAUUGCCAGGCCGUCGAUGCCAUCACUUACACUGGAAUGUUGGGCAAGGGCUCUUACAACAAGAUCAGCGCCAUGGACAGCAACUCUGGUUCUUGCUCUUCCAGCCCCUAUGGAUACUCUGGAUCAAUGUCUCCUCUUGACGAGGAAGUUUCUCUCCAUUUCCGUGGUCCUCUCAAGUUGAAGCAGUUCGCUUUCUUCUCGCCUAGCACCGACUCUUCCGACUCUUCCAAGAAGGCCAAGCGCAGUGCCAUGCACCGUCACGGCCACGCCCACAAGCACGCCCACAAGCACAAGCGUGACGAAGAUGUUGAGAAGCGUGGUCUCGGCGAUUGGGUAACCGCGAUUAUAGACGGCCAGACAGUUUCCUGGAUGAACGAGUGGUCUGGUGUUGCUUCCACCGCUGCUUCAUCAGUCGCCGCAGCCACUACUUCCGCUGCCCCUGCUGCCGCCAGCACCGAGUCCGCCUCGGUUGGCUUCCUGCCCAAGCUACUGAAGGUUAACGCUCCCGCCGCAUACAGCUCUAGCGCUAGCUCUAGCUCUGCUGUUGUCGCAAAGGCCAGCUCCAGCUCAUCCUCCAAGUCGGCUUCUGCUUCAUCUACUGCUUCGUCUGGCAGCUCUGGAUCCUGGGGUCGCAAGGCUUACUACAACUCUCAAGCCGGUUCCGCAGACAACGUCGUCUUCCUCAACCACAACGGUGGCUCUGGCUCUGGUGUCUUCGACUACACUUUCGGUAACUCGCUCUCCUACGCCAACAGCAAGGGUGAUGCUGGUGCUUCCUCUCCUCAGGUUCUUGCCGACACUCAGCUCGGUUCCAACGAGGAGGUUAUCAUCAUGUCCGACAAGGAGUGCGAUGGUGACUGUGGCUACUACCGUGAUGGUAACGUUGCUUACCACGGCUUCGCUGGUGCUCAGAAGGCUUUCUUCUUCGAGUUUGAGAUGCCCCUUGACGGCAACACCGAUGCUGCUACCAACGGUGACAUGCCCGCUAUCUGGAUGCUUAACGCUCAAAUUCCUCGCACUCUCCAGUACGGCAAGGCCGAGUGCUCUUGCUGGACCACCGGUUGCGGUGAGUUCGAUAUCUUCGAGGUUCUCGCUCCUGGUGAUCUCCGCUGCAAGUCGACUCUUCACAGCAACAUCAAGGGUGGCAACUCCGACUACUUCAAGCGUCCCACAUCUGGUAGCAUGAAGGCCAUGGUCCUCAUGAACGGCGAGAACAUGCACAUCAAGGUCCUCGACAGCGACUACGAGUUGCCCACCAACCUUGAUGCUUCAUGGGUCUCUGACCUCUGCGAGUCCGGCUUGGUCCAGAGCACCUUGAACUCCCUCUUCGCCUUGGUAGCGUAG